AUGGCGCAAGGCGUCAAUGAGCGAAUUCCCUGUGAAACCAGCCCGCCUGCUCCGGCAACUCGCUGUGAGCACUGCCACACUGCGGCUCAACUGCAGACACUGGAACCUUUGUGUUUUGACCACCUUCUUUCUUUCCUGGACCUUCGUGACUUCUGCGCGCUUUCUUCGGUGUCUCGGUCGCUCCGGGCCACUCUCCUGACCGAUCUGUCAAGGGCAGGGCGGUGCGUUUCGUGCCUCGCAGUCCAUUGUCUCUGCGAUACGCCGGUUCACCCACCUCUCGGCGUCUUGCGCCAUGCGCGGUCCCUCGAUUCGGUACUGCCUCUUUCCGUCGGAAGCACCACCUUGAAAAGCGACACGGUAUUGCUUCCCGAGAAUACGAGAGGGGAGACCUACCUCGUCGAUCCGACGCUCCCAUCCUAUCGUCUGCCGGAACGUUUUUUGCCACACGAUGAGGGAUCCUCUUUCACAAUUGAAAGCGGCGCUUCCUUCUGCCGUGCCGCCCCUACACAAGGCAACUGUGGGUCGGACAAAAACGCGGAAGUUCUCUCGGUUCCGGAGUGUCGACCAUUAGGGCCUCGGACUCUGACUGCUCCGAGCUCCGCACCGCCGCAGGGUAUCACCAUUUGCUCUAAGCCAGUCGGUGGAAGUGUCGAGGAAGGAAGCGGCGAGGGCCGUUUCUCAGGUGGGUGCGUAGGAGGUCCAGGUGAGUCUUCUCCAGCUCCGCUGGUGGCGCCCUGUGAGGUGCCGGAAGCGACGGUGGAUCCUUCCAGAAGCCGCAUUCUCAGUGAUACGCAGGCCGCUCCUCUGCACGGCUGGUGGAGUUUUUCUGACGAAGCAUCCGGGUGCUCCCAACUGUGCGCAGUUCCCCUCUGGAAGGCGUUCCUUCUCGUUGCCAAGGGCCUUUCUGUCCUGCGUGUGGGUCCCCCGGCUUUUGGAGCUGUGCCUCUGGCUCUGUGGGGACACCUGCUGAGAGAAAACGCGGCGACUCUGCGAGAAAUUUCAGUCUCCAGCACGCUGCGGUGGGAGUCUCGACGGCAGCAGCAGCGCCGGCAGCGGGCGUUGCUGGAUCUUCUGUGCCGUCUCGAAAGCCCAUCCAGCGACAUCCAGGCGGCUCUCGCUUCGGCGUCCCGGUUUCUCCCCCCAAUUCCCUCGCGCCCGGAUUCCCCACCUUCUUCGCUUUUCCCAAAGGGCCGUCCCCCUCGAUCGGAACACAGCGAGUGCACCGGGGGCGAGCAAGAGACUGGGCGGUGCGUGUCGCACUCGGCGGCUAUCCAGGCUUGUCGCAGUCUCUCUAGGCCUUGUGAGGACAUCCUCCUCCCGGCGCUGAAGAGCCUGGCGAUCGCGUGGGGGCCUUGUAGUGGACUUCUCCAGCUCUUCAGGCGGUACACAUGCCGACAAUGUGAAGAGCUGCAGCUGGUGGUGGCGGACAUGCCGACGGCGACUUGCUGGAGUGACGCUGUGGAGAGUGUCCUGGACCGGGUCGGAAAUGGGGGGAAACUCCGUCGCUUUCGCUUCGCCGUCGCUCCCAAAGGCUUCGUCCAGGAGCGCAGUCUGAUCUGUUGGCUCUUGCCGUCUGCCGAGGACGCCGAUGGACGCAUUGACUCGCGCCGGCACCCGCCAGAGGUCCCCAACGCCUCGUGGCUAGCCGCGCUCGAGGAGCUGUCCAUCGACACAGACGACCCGUGGCUUCUGCCCAAGGCUGCUCAGCUGAUUGCAGCCGUCACGCGGCCCUCCGGACAGCCUGCCGGCCUUGCAGGCCCCCGUCCGCCGGGGGGAACCGGACCAGCGCCUCGAGGAGAGGGAGCAGCGCCGUCUGGGGAUCCGAGGGAGACGCUGUGGGGAAGCAUGGGGACUCCGGAUGGGGUAACGGCCAGGCGAGGUCUGAGGAAUGUCUCGGAAAUCUCCGAGUCGGGUGCCGGCGCGGAAAGAUUGGGAGGCGGCGUCUGUUCUGCCGCGGUGACCGGUAACGCUGCAACCUCCAAGGGCAGGCGCGUGCGCCAUAGAUCGUGCGGCCUUCUGGAACGGCGACAGGUGCGAGGAAAGAGUGACGGCCAGGAAGCAGAGAGGAGCCCCCAUGCCGACGCGCACCAGGCGGCUCAGCGACGCCUCUCUGGGGUCGAAACUAGAUCAGAAAGUCCAGGAGCCGCAGCGUGUGCAUUUCGUCAGACGCCGUGCGGAAGAGUGGAGCAUCUGGACAGUGGCAGAGACGAGACAGGCCCGCAGACCGUCUCUCGAGCCAGUGGUGAGGAAGGGCGUUCCGCCGUGUCUCUGCAAAAUAGUCGGCCUGUGUCCAGGACACUUCGAGACGUCGACGAUGAAGUUCGCUCGGAAAUGUCCAGCUCUUGCGUUCUCCGAUUCCCCUCUCUGCGGGUUUGCAGCUUCCGCUGCGGAUCCGUGCCUGCGGCCGGGGCCGGCUGCUUCUCGUGGGACUCGGUCGAGUCGCUCUUGGCAUCUGCCCCGGCUGGCUGCGCCCUCCGGUUUCACGGGGAUAUACUUUUCACCACGUGCUCGUAUGGACCGUGUCGUUUUCUUGCUUCUUCGGUCUCGCCGUCUCGCUCUCCCGUGGGCCCAACAGUCAAUCCUGCAGAGCACGAGAGGCGAUCCAGUUGUUCGCGAGGAAGAGUAAACUCGUCGCGAACCGUGGCAGGUCGAGACAGUGCACGGCCCUCUUCCCCUCCACAUUGGGAACCGUUUCUCGACGCUUCCCUGCCGGCGCAGAGAUCCGCGUCAACUCGACAGGGUUUGCUGUGUGCACCGCCACGCCGCGAAGAGCACCCGAGACAGCGACAGUUAUUCCCUGGCUGCCGCGUGGCCGAUCGUCGGCCGCAGAUCUGCGUGAAAAGUGCAACGGUCGUGCUGCAGGAGAUUCGCGGUGAAGCUUCGUUGGAUUCCCUUCUGUCGCCAGCGUUUCACGCGCCGUUGAGGCUCUGUUGCGUGCGCCGCAAGGCCGCUACUGCCAGUGGGCGGGACACAAAGAGAAUCGAAAGGCGUUCAGCGAGCCGUGUGCAUUGCGUGCGGGGCGACCAAACGCGACGGGAGUCGCAAGGAUGUACACAAGGAGAAACGCCAGCAGGCGGGUGUAGAGAUGUUCGAUUUCGAGCGCACUUGGAAGUUCCUUUUCUCCCCAAGUCGAGCGGAUGGGGCAGCCAGGUUGCGGACGCGAGCAGCCAUCGGCGGUGUGCAUAUGCUCAGACGACGAAAGCGUGGUGCGGUUCUGGAAACGUUUCCUGUCCCCCGGAACCGAGUUUGCUCCCAACAGGGCGUGCGCUGUUUGGCUCGGAGUCGGGGAAAGGUUUCCGUCCAAAACUCCUGUUUCCAGCUGUUCAAGUCCAACUGGCCAGUCCCGUCGAGGCGGGUCCGAGUCUGUCUCCUUCGCGUCCAGAGACGUCUCCGUCUCAGUCAGCGGAACUCGAGGACGCGUACGUGGAAGGCGGUGGUGAGCAGCCUCUCAGGAAGAGCACUCAGGUGCCUGCGUGGCCUGGAGCUGACGGGCUUGGCGCCACAGUUUCACGGCUUGAAGAGAAGCACAGCCAGCGCCGACCCCGGCAGCACAGACUUCCUGAGUGGCGUCUGUGGUGUGCAGAGUACCUCUCAGGUAUCCUGGACGAGCUGCCAGGGUAUUGCCUGUUUUUCCCUCCGGUAGCGCCUUUCCCCACUGGUGCGGCGCACGGGUGUGGGGCCCUGGAUGCGGCGCCUCGUUCUGAGAAUGAUGCAUGCGUGGGAGCGCAUUCGGACGUGCGAGGAGCGCAUUCGGACGUGCGAGGAGCGACGGCCAGAGACCAGGGUGGGGCCUUACGAGGUAGGCAUGACAGCCCCUUCGACAGAGAGCCAUCAGGACGCGCGAAAACCGGCUGGCAGUGCUGUUGCGUGUUCAGUCAAGGAGAGCGCGGAGACGAGCGAGGGACCGAAGGGAGCAGAUGUGUUUUCACUUUGCACCGCAGAGGAAGCAGAGGGGAGAGACGGUCAGAGAGGAGUCGGAACCCGAUCGUGGGAAGCGAAAACGGACGGACCUGGGCAACGUGGCCUCUCGAAGGAGAAGGCGAUCGCCAGCCCAGUGGAGGGCUUGGCGAACCAUUCCGUGUCUCCAUUUCUGAGAUUGGCGACAGUCAACCUGACAGCGUAGCUCUACUCACUGCUCUCUGCUUAGAUGCGGAAUCACGGCAACGGUUUCGAGGCAUAGCCCUAGAGUGCAUUUUCUCAGCUGCACAGCCUGCAGCCUCCAGUGCCGAUAGAUCUGCACGAGCUUCAGACAUCUCAUGUGUAGAGAUAGCAGCGGAGUGUCUGGCACCGGUGCAAAUGCUGCUGGAACGUUUGCCGGAUUCCCUGCGCCCUCCCCUAGAGAUCCUUCGCCUAUUCGUAGACGCGACCGCGACGGAAGACGCUGUGGUAGCGAACCCGAGAAGCUGUAUAAGCGGCCCGAUUCGUACCGUGUCGCCGACUUCUCUUGACGGCUAUCGUAUUCCCGCAGAUGUGUGCGUCGCCCAGCAGGAGAAAGAGGACGGGUCAGUAUCCUUGCCAGCACGACUUAUUGAGAGGAGGGCGACUGAGGGCGAACAUGACAACUUCAAGAAACCGCCCGCGAGCGGCUGUGUUGCCAGUCAGGCAUAUGACCCAGACGGCGCAAGAGGCGGGAGAGAAGUCCAUGCCCCGGGGAGCAGAUCUGCACGGUCGGUGCCUGAAGGUGGGGAGGACGACCACAGUGCACAGGGUAAAACAGUCACCUCGCACAGUCGGAGGGCCGUUGAAGAUGGUCGAGGAAAAAGACAACAGCUUUCCAAGAAGGCCGUUCUCGAGGCCUGUCGUAGGAGCGAAGACCUCUCUCUGUCGGAUGCAGCCACCUGCCGAGACUGUUUCUCCCUGGCCAGGACUACUUGUGUGCAGGCCGAUGAGUCUACUGCUUUAUUAUUCCCGUGUGCCGACACGGCCGGAAAAGGAUACGGAAGUCUCGUAUCUCUCCUCUUCGCAUUGCGUCGGGUGUACACGGACCUCAACCGCGUCGAGGUUCGCGUCCUACGGGGUGACCCCCCCGGGACAAAAUUCGCUGCGUGGAAACUCGCGACAGUGGAAGGAACUGAGGCAAGCGACUGCUGGUCCUGCCUUGUGUCCAACAGUGCGCGUUUGCGGGCUCUUCACCAGGUGCUAGUCUUCUUUCAGUUCUACCCUGCUUGUGUGUGGCACGGCCAGUACGUCUUUGAAACAUUCGUUGCCUACGUAAGAGACGGGUAA